UUCUCCGGGAGAAGGGCAGGAGGCAGGCCAGCCGAGGGCCGGCCUACAUGUUCAAUGACCACUCCACCAGCCUCUCUCUGGAGGAGGAGCGCUUCCUGGAUGCCGCUGAGUAUGGAAAUAUUCCGGUGGUUCGAAAAAUGCUGGAGGAAUGUCCCUCCCUCAACGUGAACUGCGUGGACUACAUGGGGCAGAACGCCUUGCAGCUGGCAGUGGCCAAUGAGCACCUGGAGAUCACGGAGCUGCUGCUGAAGAAGGAGAACCUGGCCCGGGUGGGGGAUGCCUUGCUUUUGGCCAUUAGCAAAGGCUACGUUCGGAUAGUGGAAGCCAUCCUGAGCCACCCCGCCUUUGCCGAGGGCAAGAGGCUGGCUCUGAGUCCCAGCCAGUCAGAGCUCCAGCACGAUGACUUCUACGCGUACGAUGAGGAUGGCACGCGGUUCUCCCACGACGUCACGCCCAUCAUUCUGGCUGCUCACUGCCACGAGUAUGAGAUCGUGCACACCCUGCUGCGGAAAGGAGCUCGGAUCGAUAGGCCACAUGACUAUUUCUGCAAGUGCAGUGAGUGCAAUCAGAAACAAAAGCAUGACUCUUUCAGCCAUUCUAGAUCCAGGAUCAACGCCUACAAAGGUCUGGCCAGCCCUGCUUAUCUGUCUUUGUCCAGUGAAGACCCUGUCAUGACUGCCUUAGAGCUCAGCAAUGAGCUGGCCGUGCUUGCCAACAUUGAGAAGGAGUUCAAGAAUGAUUACAAGAAAUUGUCUAUGCAGUGCAAAGAUUUUGUAGUUGGGCUGCUUGAUUUGUGCAGAAAUACAGAAGAAGUGGAAGCAAUUUUGAAUGGUGAUGUAGAGAUGAGCCAUAAUAAUGGAGAGCAUGGUCGUCCCAGCCUCAGCCGCUUAAAACUCGCCAUCAAGUAUGAAGUUAAAAAAUUUGUAGCACACCCAAACUGCCAGCAGCAGCUCCUCUCGAUUUGGUACGAGAAUUUGUCAGGUUUGCGGCAGCAGACGAUGGCAGUGAAGUUUCUGGUUGUCCUCGCGGUUGCAGUCGGACUGCCCUUCCUCUCCAUGGCCUAUUGGAUUGCUCCUUGCAGCAAGCUGGGGAGGAUAAUGCGUGGACCAUUUAUGAAGUUUGUAGCCCAUGCAGCCUCUUUCACCAUUUUUCUUGGUCUGCUUGUCAUGAAUGCAGCUGACAGGUUUGAUGGCACCAAACUCCGACCUAAUGAAACAACAGACAAUGUAAAACAGCUUUUUAGGAUGAAAACAUCCUGUUUCUCAUGGAUGGAGAUGCUCAUUAUUUCUUGGGUAAUAGGCAUGAUAUGGUCCGAAUGUAAAGAAAUUUGGUCUCAAGGUCCAAAGGAAUACCUGUUUGAGUUAUGGAAUAUGCUUGAUUUUGGUAUGUUAGCAAUUUUUGCAGCAUCAUUUAUAGCAAGGUUUAUGGCAUUUUGGCAUGCAUCCAGAGCCCAGAACAUCGUUGAUGCAAAUAUGAAAGAUCUGACAAGUCCAACACUGGAGCCCAGCAUAAAAUACUACACCUUGGCCAGAAUAAACUGGGAUCCGUCUGAUCCUCAGAUAAUUUCUGAAGGGCUGUAUGCAAUUGCAGUGGUGUUAAGUUUCUCACGGAUAGCCUACAUCUUACCAGCUAAUGAAAGCUUUGGGCCACUGCAGAUAUCACUUGGGAGAACCGUGAAAGACAUCUUCAAGUUCAUGGUGAUAUUUAUCAUGGUGUUUGUGGCUUUCAUGAUAGGCAUGUUUAAUCUCUAUUCCUACUAUCUGGGGGCAAAACAAAAUGAAGCGUUCACAACUGUUGAAGAAAGUUUCAAAACAUUGUUCUGGGCUAUAUUUGGACUCUCGGAAGUUAAAUCAGUUGUUAUCAAUUAUAAACACAAAUUUAUUGAAAAUAUUGGUUAUGUCCUUUAUGGAGUCUAUAAUGUUACCAUGGUCAUCGUCUUACUGAACAUGCUUAUCGCAAUGAUCAACAGUUCAUUCCAGGAAAUUGAGGAUGAUGCUGAUGUAGAAUGGAAAUUUGCAAGGGCUAAACUUUGGUUUUCUUACUUUGAAGAAGGGAGAACUCUUCCAGUACCCUUCAACUUAGUGCCAAGCCCAAAAUCUUUGCUGUAUCUUCUAAUCAGAAUCAAAAAAUGUAUUUCUAAACCAUUUUUGUGCCAAAAGAAAAGCUUUCAGGAAGAUGCAGAGAUGAACAAGCUUGAUCAAAGGAAGCAGUCGAGUAUAAGAAGCUCAGAUGAAAUCCACUUAAACAGUUUAAACAAUCCUCCAAGACAAUACCAGAAAAUCAUGAAGCGUCUCAUUAAAAGAUACGUGUUGAAAGCUCAGAUAGAUAAGGAAAGUGAUGAAGUCAAUGAAGGUGAAUUGAAGGAAAUUAAACAGGACAUCUCAAGUCUCCGGUAUGAACUCCUUGAGGAAAAAUCUCAGAAUUCUGAAGAUCUGGCAGAACUUAUAAGGAAACUUGGGGAAAAACUGUCACUUGACUCUAAGGAAGAAGAAAGCAAGAGAUAACCGAAAUAAAAUACACAACAGAAUGUUAACAAUUCACUUAAAGCCAUAUUUCUGUUUUCCUCAAGUCUAGCUCACAUUUCUAAAAAAGAUUCAGAAAUUAAAUCAUUCCAAGUCCUUAUUGAAAAAACACAGUGGCAAAUCCUCUAGAUCUACCACUUCAGUAAAGAUAUUUAUUCUUUACCUGCUGAAGAAUAGUUGAUCUGAGAUAAUUUAAAUACUCAAUUUACCUCUUUAAGAAUUCCAGUGGAAUCUUGAUAAUCCCAGUCAAGAAAGAUUAAAAGCAUAGAUCUAAACUUUUCCUAUGUUAACUGUUUAUUUUUUUUAAAUUUCCUUUUAUAAACAUUCUUACAUAUAUUUUAAUGAAGCAAAAGAGAAAAAUCCAGGCUUAUAUAUCAAAAGCUAUUAAAUUUUUCCAGCAUUCCAAAAUAGGAAAAAAAAUAAAAAGAAAAUCUAACUGUCUGUCUUAAAAAUGUGUAGGAUAUUAAAAUAAACUUACAAACAUUUCCAUGCAGGGGUAGAUAUCAGGACACUCAGAGCACUGUGUUGUACUUUUCCCUACUGAUCCCUGUCAGCACUGGACCAUCCUGUGAGAUACCUAGGUUCCAAUGGGAAUUCGUGCAUUAAGAAAGAAGUAUUUUCCACCAAAUUUAUUGAAAAACUAUUUCUGAGGCAGGGAGGCUGGAAAAAACCUUCUUUAAUCCAAAUAAUUAACCCUUAAUGUUCCAGUCUGUUUCAGAAUUCCCAAGUUCUCCAGCUUUUAUGUCUUGAACUGAACCUCCCAAACUGCAGGUUAGGGGUUUGAAUGUAACAUUUUUAUGUGAGGUGGAAGAUACUAAAAUGUUACGUGCCAACCUCUCUUUGAAUUCUGGGAAUGCCAUGCAUGGGGGAUCAUGUUUCUCUAUAUUGUGUCUCUCUAUUUAAAUGAUUAAACUUUCUUCAGACAUACAGAUAGCAAACAAAACAAUCUUGUUUCAAAAAAUCAUGAGAUCUCAUUUAUGGAUUUGCAUCUCUCAUCCUUUUUUCCACUAGUGAAAGCUCUGCUCUUGUGCUAUAUUCUUUAGGACUUUUAAUGAAGAAUCUUCUCUCCAUGUGGUAAAGAAAGCUCCAACACUUUCACCCUGCCCACUGCAGUAGUUAAAAUUCUCUUUUGGUUAAACUGCAGAUG